AAGUGGGGGAGAGAGAGAGAGAGAGAGAGAGAGUGACUGACUGACUGACUCUGACUGGUUCAGCAUGCGCUUGUGGUGUGUAUACAUGUGUGUGUGCACAAGAGAGGCAUGCAUGCAUUUGUGAGCUUGUAUAUGUGUGCGCGUGAGGGAGAGACAGUGCUGUUUUAUUUUGUAUGCACGUCUCAGAGAGAGAGAGAGAGAGAGAGAGAGAGAGAGAGAGAGAGAGAGAGAGAGAGAGCGAGUCAUCUAUGUAGAAUGUGUCAGAGGGAAAGAAAUCAAACUGGCUCCAUGAAAUUUAUGUGACUCAAACAGUGUUCUCUGACUGUAUCCACAAGAAAGGGAGGGAAAGCAAGCGAGGAGAAAAGGAAGAGAGAGAGAGAGAGAGAGAGAGAGAGAGAGAGAGACAGACAGAACUACGGAGAAUGAGCCAUGAUGAUUCAGGUCCCUCCACCCUCUCACAAGACCAACGGCCAUAACUGGCGCAACUCACAGGAACUCCAGCACACUUCAGGCAGCCAUCCUGUGACAAACAAUCAGUCACAUACUUUGCAAGGACAAUCACAAUUAACCACGGUCUCAGGAAACAGAUGAAAACUAUCAGGCCCCUGCAAAGCUCCCAUAUUCUCAGCUCUGAAAAUGAAACUGUGAAUGCACACACACAGUGCUGAGAGAACUGCUUAGAUUGGAGCUCACUACCGUGUCCACACACACACAUGCACACAGAGACUUCCCUGUUCCGUUUUCGCUGAAAGCACAGAUUGAAAGACAGGGUUUUUAUUUAGUUGCCUGGUAUGAACUCCAGACUGUACGUGAAGAGUCUCUGUAAUAUAAUGGAAAUAUAACUCAUUUUUGCGAAGAACCAAAACAACAACACCACAUUGGAACAGUAAUUAAACAGUUUCAUUGUGGAGACAAAAAAAACCUGUGUGUUCACUGUGAACCAGACACUUUGGGCCUGACCAAGUCAAAGGGACAGCUACACGAGCAAGGGAGACCAUGACAUCACAUGGAAAACUGAGAAAGGAAAGGGGGAGUCUGGCAGAGUAUGAGACACAAAUCAAAGAGGUGCGUGGUCAGCUCUCGGAGCAGCUAAAAAUCUUGGAUGCGCAGCUAGAGGUGAAAACACAGCAGCUGCAGGAUCUAAGCGAGUACCUACGCAGACGGGGUGAGAUUGAGGCAGAGUACGCCCGCUCUCUGGAAAAACUCAGCGAGAAGUUCACCGUCAAGACCAAAAGAAAGGAGCAGAUAGACCUGUCGGUGGCUCAGUGCUGGACGGUUCUGCUGACCCAAACCAGACAGGAGAGCCGAGAUCACAGCUCAAUGAGUGAACUCUGCAGCAACACCCUCACACAGCGGCUCUCACACUGCAUAGAGGACACACACCGCCUGGCAAAGAGGAGCAAGGAGGUGGGUCUCCAAAUGCAGGACGAGCUCUUGAAAAUCACCACAGAGCUUCAAACGGCUUUGAAAACGUAUCAUCAGUACCACAUCGACUGUCUGGCUGCGGAAGGCAAGCUCAAAGAGGCCACACGACUGGAGGAGAAACAGACAGGCAAAUCAGCUGAUUUUGGACUCAGCCAGUCAGGAGGGCAGAGACGCAGUUCGGUGAAAAAAAUGGAGAGACUGAUGGAGAAGAGACAUGGGAAAGUACAGGAAACUCAGCUGAAGUGCACUAAAGCUCGUAACGACUACUUGCUCAACUUGGCAGCAGCUAAUGCCUCCAUGAACAAGUACUAUCUGCAGGACAUUUGCACACUGAUUGAUUGCACAGAUCUGGGGUACCACCUGUCUGUUUCUCGGGUUAUACGCGGGUACCUCUCCUACCGAAACCGGAUCAUCCAGAACAUGAAAAAUGGCCUCCAGCAGCUUGACACAGCAGUGACUGGACUCAGUCAGGGUCAGGAUAGAGAUGCCCUGCUCCAGGCCCACAACACUGCAUUCUGCCUGCCCUUUCGCUUUCAGUACCAGCCUCAUGAAGGAGACCAGGUCUGUGAGGUGAGCGCAGAAGGCCAGGUGAGGUAUGAGCUUGAGACCAGAUUCCAGCAGCUUCAGUCCAGACUGGCCUCUGUUACCCUGGAAACAGAGGAGGUCAGUAAGACACUCAAGACAACGCACACUAACCUUCUGGAGAGCAUCUGUGAUGAUGAUUGCAACCCCACCCCUGACACCACUGCCACCCCAUUGGUGGACAACACAGGUGAUGGUGCAGGGAGCAAACCGACCUUGGCCAAACGCAGAGCCAAUCAACAGGACACAGAGACCUUCUACUUUACAAAAGUGAAGGAGCAAAUAAGUGGCAGCUCUCUGAUCUCGAAACUCCAGGCCAAACAUGACCUACUUAAAGAGGCCAUACAAAAAGCUGAGUCUAUUGACAGUGAUCCCUCCAGAAUGCAGCCUGGUAGAGCAGUGCGUGUGCGGAAAGCCAGGCCCUGCUCCCAGUACAACCACAAACUCUUCUCUGGAGACAUGCUCUCCUUCAUCCAGAGCUCUGGACAACAGAUCCCCCUAGUGGUGGAGAGCUGCAUUCGCUUCAUCAAUCUGCACGGUCUGCAUCAUGAAGGUAUUUUCAGAGUGCCUGGGUCACAGACUGAGGUCAAUCAUAUCAGGAAUGCCUUUGAAAGAGGAGAAGACCCGCUGACCGACAGUGAGAGUGACAUUGAUUCAGUGGCAGGGGUUCUGAAGCUUUAUUUUAGAGGUCUAGAGAAACCCCUGUUCCCUGAGGAGAGCUUCAGCCAGCUCAUGGAGUGUGUCCAGAUUGAGAAUAUGACAGAGAGAAUAGCGCAAAUAAAGUCAUUGGCCUCAUCCUUCCCUAGACCCGUUGUCAUAGUGAUGCGCUAUCUGUUCGCCUUCCUUCAUCAUGUCUCUCAGUAUAGUGAUGAGAACAUGAUGCAGCCGUAUAAUCUGGCCGUGUGCUUCGGCCCCAGUCUGCUCAGAGGGGUGGAGAUGGGUGGUGAUGAAGUGACCUUGGCACCUCAGAUCAAUGACCUUGUCAAGACAAUGAUCCUUCAUCAUGAGAACAUUUUCCCUGGGCCGUCUGAACUCCCAGGCCCCAUCUAUGAGAAAUGCAUGACUCUCGAGCAAGAAUACUGUGAACCCAUCACAGAAGAGGGUGAGGGUGACGCUGAACAUCUUCCCAAUGAAGAUGAGUGGGAGGCAGUGGCUAUGUUUGAUUAUGUUGCACGCUCUGCAGUCGAGCUGUCAUUCAAGCAGGGUGACCACCUCCUACUCCACAGCAAGGUCUCUGCUGAUUGGUGGAGAGGGGAAGUAGGCGGAGUGAAAGGCCUGAUCCCACAUAAGUACAUCAGUGUGAUAGAGGGGGUGGAGCGUAAGGGCAGAGGGAAGGAGGACAGCAGAGGGGGCAGCACAGGAAAUCUAGCAGAAGAACAGCAGAGCGAACACAGCACCCGUAUGAGGGUGAACAGUGACAGCGCAUCUCUGCCUGGCCGGCAGAGGACAAGCAGUGGAGGCAGCAGUAUAGGCGGAGGUGGGAGUGGAAGCCCCAUACGGAAGAUCACUCUGCAGGUGCCCGAGGGACGACUCAUCCUUCCUCCACAGUCAUCAGCAGUUGCACGCCAGGUCUCAGGUCAUCAAGAGCGCAGACACACUUUAGACACUCUGAGGCCAGUAGGAGGAGCAGCAGACAGACAGACAGUACAUAUUGACAAGGAGGUCAGUCGGCAGAUGAACUCAGUCUUUAAGGAGCUGUUGUCUCGUCAUUCUCCUCAAGAAGUCUUGGGUUCGAGCCCUCCUCCCGCCUCCGCCCCCACAUCCAUCCCUUCAGUAUCUUCCGCUGCUGCUCGGCCUCCGGUGAAGAAGGGAGGUUUUGGCCUGCGUGGCAGAGGACUAUUCAAACCCCAAGACCAACAGGACUGAGGGAGAGGGGAGGAUGAUCUCUGAGUGAAUACAAGUAUGAGUGUUGGGGAAAUGCCGAACUCAUUACAGAUAUGAAUAUAUUUUUCCAGACAUACAAUAUGUGGUACUCUUUAUGCCUUAUUAACUUAAGUGUAUUAAAGGAUUCAGUUAAAUCAUAACCAGUCAUGCAUCCUGUGAUUGUUUAUGGUUGAAUUUUGUGUAAAUCCAAUUUAUUGAUCCUGUUAUUAGUUGUAUUUGUGUUUUAGCUCUGUUAUUGUCUAAAGACGACAAUUAAUCUGGUCCUCAGUCAAGAGUUUCUGACUUCAUCUAAUCAUCCAUUGCAGUGACGUCCAGUGUCUGUAGUUUGUUACUGUAGUGUUAUGCAGUGUUGCUAUGGAGAUACAUACAGUAUAUAUAUCUGCUGAUGAUGUAUUCAUGGAGUACCAGACGGCAGACCAAAGUGUUUAGAAAGUCCCUCAAACUAUGUAGAUACUGAAUGGCAAGUGUGAUGUGGGAAUGACGUCUAUCAUAGACAGAGUCCACAUUGUUUAUUUUAGAUAUAGACAUGCCACACACAAUGUAAAAUAUGACUUUUAUGAAGACCAGUAUCCCAUUCAGUUGUUGUAGUUGUACUAUUUAUUAGACCUCGGGUAGAUGCCAUAUUUAAUUUGACAUAAAUGAAAACCAGGCUGAGAUGGACGGAAGUACAGUGUAUACAAUGUGUCGUACUGUUGUUGUUCUUUACUUUACCCAAGUACACAUACGCAAAUGCAAGUACUUGAGCUAUGCACAGUGUAGAAAAGCUAAUACUAAGUACUUUUUUUCAUUUCUGUCAGAUUAAAUGCCCUGUCUACCCUGAUUAAGGUCUAUUACAGGAGAGAUUUUAUCUUUAAAGUUUUAUUUUUUUAUUAGAUUUGAAGUUGAAGCUGAUUUUCUCAUUGCUUUUCUACACUGUGCAUAGCUCAAGUACUGAAUCUGUAUCCUUAGCCAAAGUAUAUUGUACUGAAGGUACAACAUGAUAACUUAAAAUCCUCCAGUGUUUUUAUCAGUAGGGUUAUUUAGUUUUACAAAACCAAUGGAAAUAACCAAUGGAGUUUUUUUAUUUUUUUUAUUUUUAUAUUUAAUAUUAA